AAGUGUGCCUGCGCUCCCGGGUGUGUGGACGCCGCUUUGUUGCCCGCGGGGGGUGGCGGUGGAAGUUGAGGGGUCGGCACUAGCGCUGCGCCGGACCCGCGUCCGCAGCCGUCGCGCUCAGUCCGCCCGGUGGCCUCUAACGUGGGCGUCGCGCCGGCAGCAGCCAUGAGCGGCGGCGUGUACGGGGGAGAUGAAGUUGGAGCCCUUGUUUUUGACAUUGGAUCAUAUACUGUAAGAGCUGGUUAUGCUGGUGAGGACUGCCCCAAGGUGGAUUUCCCCACAGCUAUUGGUCUGGUGUUAGAAAGAGAUGAUGGAAGUACUAUGAUGGAAAUAGAUGGCGAUAAAGGCAAACAGGGCGGUCCCACCUAUUACAUAGAUACUAAUGCCCUGCGUGUUCCGAGGGAGAAUGUGGAGACCAUUUCACCACUGAAAAAUGGAAUGGUUGAAGACUGGGAUAGUUUCCAGGCUAUUUUGGACCAUACCUACAAAAUGCAUGUCAAAUCAGAAGCUAGCCUCCAUCCCGUCCUCAUGUCGGAAGCACCGUGGAAUACUAGAGCAAAGAGAGAGAAACUGACAGAAUUAAUGUUUGAACACUACAACAUCCCUGCAUUCUUCCUGUGCAAAACUGCAGUUUUGACAGCAUUUGCUAAUGGCCGUUCUACUGGGCUGAUUUUGGACAGUGGAGCCACUCAUACCACUGCAAUUCCAGUCCACGAUGGCUAUGUCCUUCAGCAAGGUAUUGUGAAAUCCCCUCUUGCUGGAGACUUUAUUACUAUGCAAUGCAGAGAACUAUUCCAAGAAAUGAAUAUAGAAUUGAUUCCUCCAUAUAUGAUUGCAUCAAAAGAAGCUGUUCGUGAAGGAUCUCCAGCAAAUUGGAAAAGAAAAGAAAAAUUGCCUCAGGUUACGAGGUCUUGGCACAAUUACAUGUGUAAUUGUGUUAUCCAGGAUUUUCAAGCUUCCGUACUUCAAGUAUCAGAUUCAACUUACGAUGAACAAGUAGCUGCACAGAUGCCAACUGUUCAUUAUGAAUUUCCCAAUGGCUACAACUGUGAUUUUGGUGCAGAACGGUUAAAGAUUCCUGAAGGAUUAUUUGACCCUUCCAAUGUAAAGGGAUUAUCAGGAAAUACAAUGCUGGGAGUCAGUCAUGUUGUUACUACAAGUGUUGGAAUGUGUGAUAUUGACAUCAGACCAGGUCUCUAUGGCAGUGUGAUAGUGGCAGGAGGAAACACACUAAUACAGAGCUUUACUGACAGGUUGAAUAGGGAGCUCUCUCAGAAAACCCCCCCAAGUAUGCGGUUGAAAUUGAUUGCAAAUAAUACAACAGUGGAACGGAGGUUCAGUUCAUGGAUUGGUGGCUCCAUUCUAGCUUCUUUGGGCACAUUUCAACAGAUGUGGAUUUCCAAACAAGAAUAUGAAGAAGGAGGGAAGCAGUGUGUAGAAAGGAAAUGCCCUUAAAGAGUUCCCAAAUCUCUACCUUCUUGUGUCACCUUACGUUUCAUAGCUUUAGUAUACUCAGGAAAAGAAUGACCAUCUUUUGUAGAAUGUUUAUACAUUUUUGCAUAUUUCAAUUCCCACUUAAAUUUUUAAAGGCUUUAACUGGAUCUAUAAAUUAAAAUAAGUUUGUGCUUUUCUUGAAAUACACUUAUUCUUAUUACAAGCAUUUUAUAAUUUUGUAUAAAUGUCUAUUUUCUCUAAAUAUUUUGCUUUCAGUAAAAUGCUUUUCAACUCUGUUUAGUAUCUUAAUUACCAGUGGAUUGGUAGAAUUGCUUUUUAUUAACUAGUAAGACUUAUUGCCUAUGCUUUUUACAUUAGGCUUGCAAAAUUAAAUAAAAUUUACUAGCCAUUCCAGAAAUA